AUGCGCUCUGUAGUGCAUGGCCUGGGUACUAAAAUCCACGUAUAAAAUCAACAGCAAACAUGUCUUGGACUUACAUGAAAAUUGUUAAGGACUUGACUAAAGUUGAACUUGAAUACUCGUACCUAUAAUGAAUGUCAGCUCUGGUGAAGCUCCAAGUCAAGAGGAAAUUGAGCGUGAAAUGGCCAGUGCAAUGGCUGACGACGUCACAACAAAAAUUAAUUUGACAGACUCCACUUUUGAACAAGGAGAUUUAGGUCAAGUUACGAGCAAACUUAUCACAAGUGAAUCCGACGACAGUUUCGUUACCAUUACUGCAAAAGAAGAAACAAAAGGACAAGGGAGCGUUGCAUUAAGUUUUGAUGGGCCUGUCAUAAAAGACGAUAGCAGUGAAGUUUCCAAUCAAGGAGUGUGGAGUUGGAUAAGCAGUGCUGUUGGUAAUGAUUUUGUUGAAACUACUCAGAGAAUUGGUAGAAACCUUGUUCAAAAAACAAAGGACUCAAUGGAUAGUGUUAUAACAACAUUGGAUCCAGGAAUGGAAAAUUAUUUAAGCAAGACCAGCUCAGAAACAGUCAGCGUAAUGGUUACAACAGCAGAUGAGGCUAUUGUUGAAGGAAUAAAAGACGGAUUUAAACAAGUUUUCUCACAUGUACACCUUCAGAAUUAUCAAUCACACUCUAGUCUUGCGCCCCUACCAAGUAGCUUUUCAUCUGCACUAAAAAGUGCAAAACAGAAGAUAUUAAAUCUUCGGCAUUCUCACACUCCCGAACCUGAAGUUGUUGUCGUGGCGAUUGAAGAGUUCAUCGCAGAAGUGAUGUCUGGAAAGUGGUUUGGUAUGUUUGCUCUUUGCUUGGAAGAUUCAAUGCACACAGUUGAAACAGAAACGUUCUCUCAAGCUAUUGCCUUGAGCAGUGAUCUCGUGAAGAAAUUGGAAGAGCUCUCACCUAGCUCAUAUAGCCUUCGAUGGUCUGGUUACUCCGUUACUCUUUCUGAAGUAUUGCAAAAUGACUGGACCAACUUUACUGCAGGAGUUUCAAAAAGACAAGUCGUUACUUUAGCUGCAAGGAUCCUGGCCGGACAGUAUAAAGAAAAAAGGCAAGCAAAGGUGUCUCUUUUGGAAAAAUCGAUUUCAAUAUGAAUAAUGUUUGUAUGUAUGUGUAGAGGUGUUGAUAGGAAAAUGUUACAAAGUAAAUACAUUCACAGAUUACGUUUAA